GCUGGGGAUUCCCCAAAUUUUAUAAAAACGUGAACAGUUGUGUUUGGGAAAGUUCCACGGUUAAUAGUUAUACUACAGUUAUACGUUAUAUAAUAUGUCUUCUACCCCCGCGAGUUCUUUUGGUAAAAGCCCUUCUGGUCGGACGCCUGGCCGAACCCCCAGACCCGGAGAAGAACCGGUUGCAGGACAGCCGAAAGCGAUGGUUUACAUUUGCGGUGAAUGUCAUCAAGAAAACGAGAUUCGUUCUCGAGAUCCAAUUCGAUGCAGAGAAUGUGGUUGCAGGAUUAUGUAUAAGAAAAGAACAAAAAGAAUGGUUGUGUUCGAUGCCCGAUAAGAACAAUUUUCAACAUUCAACUUUUUUUUUACUUGUGAAAGUUACAAUACAGUGGAAUAAUCAAAUCAUGUAAACGUUCAUGUUGCUAUGUACUGAUUUGUAUCAGCAACAAGAUUUUGCAAUGAUGUCCUGCCAUGUGUUGAUUUUAAUACACCAAGUUUUUUGUGUAUACAUUACGUCACGUAUGUGUGUUUAUUCAGUUAGUAUGGUAUUAAAACAACAUUUUUUUAUAUA